AUGCAGGAGGAUCUUUCCUUGGCCUUUUCAACCACUGUUCUUGAAUCAAAGAUAUUUCUUCAGUUUUCCACUCAGUUUCUUACUCUCCUUGAUCUGAGGAUUGAGUCGCUCAAUUUCUGCUUUUGCACCGCUUGCAUAUCAAUUGUUCGAUAAUAGAUAUCCGGUUUUCAUCUAGUGUGGUCGUCGGUUACUGCUGGCUAGCAUUUGCAGUGCUAAUUUCUUCGUGCGAGAGUGGUUGAGCGGCAUUUGAUGCUUGAAGAUUUGGGAAUUUUAAUUGGAAUCCACCGAAAGGGUUUUUUUUGUGGAUAAUUAAGUUUCGUGUGAGCUAUAUCUCGUGGUUUUGAAUUUUGGUACAGCUUCCUACCUGAAAUUGAGUCGAUUCUGGAACUUUCUGAAUUUUUAUGGAUUUAGGUGUUUUGAUGGGUGGAUUCUCAAUUUAGGGGUUCAAUUGGACUUGUCAUGAGUGAAUUAGGAAUUUGGUGUUUUAUUUCUCUCUGAUGCAUAUUUGCAAUUCCAUUUUUCUAAAACCUGAGAUUGAGGUUUGUGUUUUUAGCUGUUAAGUUUUUUUAUCAAGCAUGUCAAUGGUUUCAUGGAAGGGUGAUGAAUUGUGGUAGAACAUGGGGACUUUGAUUGCAUUCCCUUUUGUUUAUGUGUAUCAAAUGAAUGCUUAUCUAUGGUGUGGAUUAAGUUAGGAUUGAAUCGUUAACUUUAUUUGAUAACAUUAGUUGAAAAACUUCGAUGCAACCUUGGUUCAAUCUUAGUUACCUCUGUGGUCGAUGUGUUUUUGAUGAUGAGCCAUGUUAACAAGCUUGAGCUAUAUAGUAAUGGUGGCUUUGAGUUUUGUACAUGUUUUGUGGCUUCUUGUUUCAUCAAUGGGAACUAUUUUCGCGUAUCUACGUUGAUUAUAUUGCGACUUGUAGGUUUUUUUUACGUAGAUGGAUGAUAGCGGGCAUCGUGAAAAUGGAAGGCAUAAGCCGCCCCAGGGUCAGUGGUUGAUGCAGCACCAGCCAUCGAUGAAACAGAUAAUGGCGAUCAUGGCGGAGAGAGAUGCAGCGAUUCAGGAACGGAACUUAGCCAUUUCCGAGAAGAAAGCCGCUUUAGCCGAGAGGGAUAUGGCGAUUCUGCAGAGAGAUUCAGCCAUAGCCGAACGGAACAAUGCCAUACUCGAAAGAGACAAUGCGAUCGCAACUCUUCAGUACCGAGAAAGUUCCAUUAACCACAACAACGGAAGCAUCUCUCCCUGCCUGCCCGGCUGCCAAAUCCCACGCGGAUUAAAACACAUGCACAAUCCUCAUCAUCAUUCGCCCCACAUGGAGAUUGAAACGACGGACACAAUCUCGACGUCGCCAGUUCCUCCCGAGCCCUCGAAGUCCCGCCGCGCAAAGCGUGGAAAGGAGGCGAAACCUGCCAUGGAAGAAGUACCCAGAAGAAAGACUCCGAAAUCGACGAAAAAGAUCAAACGCGAAGCCGAAGACCUCAACAGGACAGGCUCGGACAAUGAUCAUGCGAGCGACGAUCUUCGCAGGCAAUUCGGCGGAUUGCGGCCCAACUGGAAGGAUCAAAGUCUGGGGCUGAACCAGGUGGCUUUCGACGAAACGACGAUGCCCGUUCCCGUCUGCUCGUGCACGGGAGUUCUCCGGCCGUGUUACAAGUGGGGCAACGGUGGCUGGCAGUCGGCGUGCUGCACCAACAGCUUGUCCAUGUAUCCGCUCCCAGCUGUCCCGAACAAGCGACACGCCCGUGUUGGGGGUAGGAAGAUGAGCGGGAGUGCUUUUAGCAAGCUGCUGAGCCGACUGGCCGCGGACGGUCAGGAUCUGUCGUGUCCGGUUGAUCUCAGGCUGCAUUGGGCGAGGCAUGGAACCAAUCGGUACAUCACGAUCAAAUGAACGGUCAGGAUUCGACGGCAAGUUAAAGCUGCUGCUUGCACUGUAAGUGAAAAUAAUUGUAAAGCAUGUUGUCUGUUUUUAGUUUGAUCUUUGUUGUAAGCUCGAAAAUGCCUUAGAAAUGAAAUGGUUGGUAAUAAAACAGAAGUUUUUCAUGUA